UUCUCUUUCUCCUCGUCGGUCUCAAUCCCGACCCCAACCCUCCUCCUCCACCGCCUCAACCGCCUCUCGAACCCAGAUCCCCCGACGCUAAUCUCUCCUCCUCCGCCUCUUCCUCCGCCGCCUCAACGGCCUCUCGAACCCUGAAAGCAUCUCCUUCGCCCAAAACCCCCAUCGCGACUCAAAAGCCCCAAUUUGGCGAUCCCUCUACUCCCUCCACUUUCGUCGCUCGACGCUCUCCCUCUAUCUUUUGACGACGGGUCUCUCUCAGAGAAGGGAGGAGAGGGUUGAUCAUCUAUAGGAAAGGGAAGAUACAAUACAUAAUUUUCGUCGACAACAUUAGAUUCGAGUAUUAUGUGGUGACUUGGGCUAAAACCCUGCUUUCUUCUCCUCCUCCUCUCAUGGCGACUUCAAGGUUGCAGUCCGUGAAGUGCCUGGAUACUUCCUCAGGCCCAAAGCGAUUCACUUUCAAGAGCAUCUCCCAGAGAAUCAAAGAAAUCGACAUCAAUGUCUACAAGAGCCUCGACCCCUUGAGGUCCGAGCCCAAAAGCUCCUCCUUUUUCCUCGACAGUCUUUUGUAUUGGCGAGAACUGAACACCGCAGAGGACUUCAUCUCGUUUUAUGAGGAGAUGAUGCCUUUAGUCCAGACGAUGCCGCAAAUUUUAUUCCACAAGGAUAAAAUUUUCUCCGAGCUUAUCCGGAGAGUGAACAUGAAAGCGCAGUUGUCCCUCGAACCGAUACUGAUGUUAAUAGCUAGUCUAUCAAGAGAUAUCCUAGAAGAGUUCUUACCGUUUCUGCAAAGGCUUACAGAUUGUGUGGUCAAUCUCCUCACAAAUGGUGGUCGUUAUCAUCCAAACAUCCUUGAGCAGGUCUUUACAUCUUGGCAAUAUAUAAUGAUGUAUCUCCAAAAAUACCUUGUCAAGGAUGUCGUUGAUGUCCUGAAGAUUACAACCCGAUUAAGAUAUUUUGAAAAUGACCAUGUGCCAGACUUCAUGGCUGAAGCUGUCUCAUUUUUGCUGAGAAACUCGUCAGUUAUGGAACUUAAAAAAGGUCUGAGAAUGAUAGUCCUAGAAGUUGCAGAAAGUCCAUCUGCAAUUAAGAAGCGUGGGGCAACUGCUUUGCUGUUUUAUGUUCUCAAAGGAACUUCUUCAAGACUUCAUUCAAGAGCUGAGAAAGUAUUUCGGUGGUUGAUUGACAAAUCUUUCCUCAGCCUCAGUGAUGAAUCCCUGGAAGGUUUGGAAGCUGUUCUUGAGGUUUCCAGUGAUGUUAUUAAAAGACUAUUCAAGGAGGUUGACCCUACAGAGUUUGGUAUGGUUUAUAAAUGCUUAUAUGAGGAAACAUCCAGCUCCAUAAAUGAUGGUUGCUUGAUGCAUCUUAAUCGCUUGCUAUCUCUUCUUACUACUACUAUUUACCAGUCUAACAAUACUCAAAUCUAUGAUAGCGAAACAUUGCUUGAACUUGUCAGAUUGCUUAUACGGUCAUACAUUGUGCCUGUUGAGAAUAUGAAGUCAGAAGAGCAUUUUUCUCAAGUCCUUAAUGGGAUUUUAGAGUUGACACUAUGCCUUCUGGACAAUCCUCUCAUUUCAGACGAUUUGUCAAGCAUUUCUCUGGAUUAUGCACCUGUAUUCAGGUUGAAAAAUUCAGGGCUAUCAUUUGUAAACAGGCUUCUUCUAAAGAAUCCAUGUGUUGUACAUGCCUUCAGACAUCACAUUAUAAGCGCAAUGGCUAAUUUAAUUGAAGAAUCACCAGAAGUGGUCCUUUUUUCAAUUAUUAAGUUCAUUGAAGGACAGGAAAAGCUGCAACCUUUCAAUAGCCUAGCUGGAAUACCAUCUGAAGAAAUGUUAAAAUUAUGCAAUUAUUUUAAGAAGAUUCUCUUUUUUUGGGUCAAGCUUUUAGGUCGCUGUACAACAGAUAACAGUCUGUCUGAUGCACCAGUUACUAUAUCCAAUGUGGCUGUGCUGUGGGGAGUCCUUAGCUGCUAUCCUCAUUUUCAGCAUUUACAUGACAAUGUGUCACCAAUUAUCGAUCUAAUUGUCGCUUUUGAUCAAGUUCUGGAAACUGAGGCUGACAACAUUGCAGGCAUUCCAAAGUCUACAUGGCAGAGUCUUCUUGGUGCUGCAUUGAUUUCUUAUCAUAAACUGCUAUUGGUUACAAAAACAGGCCUUUCAGAAAUAAGCACAUUUCUGCGCCUAGCUAAGAGAUACAAGUCUUCUUCACAAGUAUUAUUUGCCGUAGCUGAAUUUUUGGAUUCAUUUAUUGGUGGUAUUUCAAAAUCUGAAGCACAUGCCUCCCAGAACAUUCGUGAUCUUGAUACCAAUGAAGCCGUGAUCGCAACUAAUAUAUUUUCAGAUAAUUUAUCUCUUCCAAAUAAGGAAAUUCGCAUGUCAACACUGAGGAUUUUAUCCCAUUAUCCUCCUUUAGGUGCACCAUCGGCAACAAGUUAUGAGCCCCCUCAUAAGAAACUAAAAACAGAAGAAUCCGGUUCAUGCAGUGAACUCUCCCCAAGCAGUAAUGUUGUUGACCUUCUUCUUUUGGUUGAGGCAACUCCUCUUUCAAUAUCUUCAAGUAGAAAAAUUGUAAACCUCAUUUCCAGGCUGCAGAAGGGACUCUCUUCCGCAAGAGUUAAUCACGCGUACUUACCUCUUGUUUUAAAUGGACUAAUUGGUACAUUACAUAAUAGAUUGAGUUACCUAUGGCAGCCAGCAUCAGAGUGUCUGGCUGUUCUACUAGGAAGAUACAAGGAUCUUGUUUGGAAUAAAUUUGUUCAGCAUUUGGAAAAUUAUCAGUUGAGAUUUCUAUCCUCGAGUGAUGAGUUGGUGAAAAUAAAUUCAGAAAGUCCACAAGAAAAGAAUCUAGUUGACUGCUUUAAACUGUUCCUGGCUCCUGAUUUCGAUAACACACCAUGUGUGACAGUGAUUAAUCAAUUUCUCAAGUCACUCCAAGAAGUCCAUGACCUUGCAGAGUCUAGGUCUCGACAAUUAAUUCCAUUGUUCUUGAAAUUUUUGGGUUAUGCUGAUGAUAGUCGUUCAAGUGUUGAAGCAUUUAGCGGCCACAGUUGUUCAGGGAAGCAGUGGAGGUUGGUCCUCAAGGAAUGGUUGAACUUAUUGAAAUCAAUGCGUGAUGUUCGAUCUUUAUACCAAAGCCAAUUUCUUAAGGAAGUUUUGUCAAACAGGCUUCUAGGUGAAAUUGAUUCUGAUAUACAAUUGAAGGUUUUGGAAUGUUUGCUGAACUGGAAGGAUGAAUUUCUAACCCCAUAUGGUCAGCAUCUUAAAAACCUGAUUAUUUCAAAAAACCUUCGUGAGGAGCUUGCUGUAUGGUCUGCUUCAAAAGAUUCUCAAUGUAUUCAAGAGUGCCACAGGGGUCCCAUGAUUCCUAUACUUAUCCGAUUGCUAACACCGAAAGUCAGGAACUUAAAAACACUUGGGUCGUGUAAGCAUACAGGUGUUAGUCAUCGAAGGGCAGUUCUUUGUUUCUUAGCACAACUCGAUGUUGAUGAGCUUCAUUUAUUUUUUGCUUUACUAUUAAAUCCCUUGCUCCGGCGUCCUCUGGCAAGUGAUGUGACCAACACUCAGUUUGCUAUUCCUUUUGAGAAAGAUAUAGAACCUCGUUCCUCAGUUCUGGUGAAAUGUUCAGACACAGUGGCCCUAGGUAAUUUUUCAUGGAAGAAGAGUUAUGGAUUCUUGCAUGUUGUUGAAGAUAUACUGAGAACUUUUGAUGAAUUUCACAUAAGGCCGUUUCUUAACCUGUUGAUGAGGGUUGUUGCUCGGAUACUUGAAAGUUGCAUGUUGAGCCUCACUAGUGACUCAAAAGUCCAUGAUACAGAUAUUCCGCUGCUGUCAGCCAACAUGGUGAGUACAUCUAAUAAGCAGUACAAGGAGUUGCGAUCUUUAUGCCUGAAGAUCAUCUCUUUUGCUCUCAAUAAGUAUGAUAGUCAUGACUUCGGUUCCGACUUUUGGGACACAUUUUUCAAUUCAGUGAAACCUCUAACUGACAGCUUCAAGCAGGAGGCUGCCAGUAGUGAAAAAGCAAGCUCUCUUUUUUCAUGUUUUCUUGCUAUGAGUAGCAGCCGAACAUUAGUCUCACUUUUAGAUCGGGAAGCAAAGUUGAUUCCUAAGAUUUUUUCAAUCCUCACUGUGAGGACUGCCUCUGAUGAUAUCAUAUCUUCUGUGCUUAAUUUUGUUGAAAAUUUGUUAAUCUUGGAUAAUGAGUCUAAUGAUCAAGAGGAAAAUCCAGUAAAAGGAGUCUUGUUACCUCACCUUGCAGUGCUAAUUGACUGUUUUCAUGGGCUUCUUCAAUCCCAUAAAGAGAUCAGCAGGAAAUCUCCCAUGUCGUCUGGAAAGACAGAGCUGAGAAUAUUUAAACUGCUAGUGAAGUAUGUAAAUGAUCCUGUGGUAGCAGAGAAAUUUGUGGACAUACUACUACCAAUUUUCAAAAAGAAAGCUUUAAAUUCUGAUGAGUGUUUGGAUGGUUUACAUAUCAUAAGGCAGAUUCUACCUGUGCUGAGUGAUAAAACAACUGGAAAAAUUCUCAGUGCAGUUAAUCCGCUCCUUGUUUAUUGUGGUUUGAACAUGCGAUUGUGCAUUUGUGAUAUUCUUGACGGCCUUUCUUUGAUUGAUCCAUCUUUGGCAUUUCUGGCUAGGCUUCUUCGUGAAUUGAAUGCUGUGUCUUAUUUGGAGAUAAACGAGCUUGACUAUGACACAAGAAUAUCUGCUUAUAAUUCAAUAAGGCCAGAUAUCUUCUCUUCAUUCAUGGAGGAACAUGCUUUAACUGUACUAUCUCAUUGCAUAUAUGACAUGUCCUCUGAAGAACUGAUUCUACGGCAAAGUGCCUCUAAGUCAUUGCUGUCCUUCAUACGAUUUGCGGCAUCAAUAUUAGAUAGCAAUGGAGAGGAUUGCGAAGAGAGGUCCCCUGGUGAAUUACUUGAAGGCAAAACAUACCCAAUUCUUGAAAUAACUAAUACCAAUUUUACUUGGACGAAAGCCUGCAUUCAGCGUAUAGUUAAGAAAACUUUCCUGCAGAAUAUUGGUGAUGCUAUGUCCAAGGAUAUCUCAAUUCAGAAAGAAUGGAUUGAUCUUUUUCGAGAUAUGGUUUAUUAUCUUCAACAAAUCCCAGCUUUAAACUCUUUCAGAAGUUUGUGCAGUGAGGAUCCUGAAGUGGACUUUUUUAGUAACAUUGUUCACUUGCAGACACAUAGAAGAGGAAGGGCGCUAUCACGAUUUAGAAGUGCAAUCAGUGCUGGAAGCUUGCCAGAGAAUAUUACCAUCAAGAUUUUUGUUCCUCUAUUUUUCAACAUGAUGCUUGAUGUGAAGGCCGGGAAAGGGGAGCACUUAAGAAAUGCAUGCUUGACAACUCUGGCUUCAAUAUCAGGUCAAAUGCAUUGGGAAAACUAUCGUGUAUUUUUAAUGAGAUGCUUCAAGGAAAUGAAGUUCAAGCCAGACAAAGGGAAAAUCAUGAUACGCCUGAUAUGUGAAGUGUUGGACAUGUUCCAUUUUUUUGGUGCCAACUCCAGUUUACAUGCUAAAGACGGUAGAAAAGAGGAUGUUAAUAAUGAGAGUACUGAAGAUAAUUUAAGUGUUGCAUUGGUUUCUUGUCCAGAAUCAAAUGUUCCGUUGGAAAUACAAGACUGCUUGCAGAAGGUAGUCUUUCCAAAACUUACGAAGUUGCUGAAAUCAGACUCUGAGAAAGUCAAUGUUAACUUUAGUCUUGCUGCCUUAAAAUUGCUCAAGUUGCUCCCGAAGGAAACUAUGGAAGCACAACUACCAAGUAUCCUUCAUCGCAUUUGUAACUUUUUAAAGAAUCGACUAGAAAGCAUACGUGAUGAAGCAAGAUCUGCUUUGGCUGCUUGUGCUAAGGAGUUGGGGAUGGAAGGAUUUUACUUGAUAGUUAAGGUUUUGAAAGCAACACUAAAGAGGGGUUUUGAGUUGCAUGUUUUGGGAUACACCCUCAAUUUCAUAUUAUCUAAAAUGCUUGAAAAAUCCUCUGUUGGGAAACUCGAUUAUUGUUUGGAAGAGCUUCUAUCGAUUGCUGAAAAUGACAUUCUUGGACAUGUUGCAGAGGAGAAAGAAGUUGGUAAAAUUGCUUCAAAAAUGAAAGAAACCAGGAAAAGAAAAUCCUUUGAAACCCUGAAGCUGAUAUCGCAAAGUAUUACUUUCAGGACACAUGCUCUGAAGUUGCUUUCCCCCAUCAAGGAACAUCUUCAGAAACACCUCACGCCAGGAGCAAAGUCAAAACUUGAACAAAUGCUCUCUCAUAUUGCUCUAGGAAUUGAGUGCAACCCAUCUACAAAACCAGAUGAGUUGUUUAUCUUUGUGUAUGGGCUCAUCGAAGAUGGUAUCGCAGGUUCUGGUUGUCACAAUGGAUCUGAAAACUUAACGAAUAAAACAUCCAUCCAAGAAUUAUCAGAUAAAAGGAAUACCUUGAGUCCCAAAAGGUCAAAGAAUGAUCAUCUUAUCGUUGAUUUUGCCCUUGGAGUAUUAAAUAACCGUUUGAAGAAUAUGAAGUUGGACAAGAAUGAUAAGCAAUUAUUAUCAAUGUUGGAUCCCUUUAUUGUACUGCUUGGGAACUGCUUGAAUUCCAAAUAUGAAAACAUAUUGUCUAGUGCUUUUAGAUGCCUGGCUCCACUAAUCAAGCUUCCUCUACCUUCCUUGGAAGCACAGGCUGAUAACAUCAAGAUUUUACUUCUAGAUUUUGCUCAGAAAUCUUCAAAUGCUACCAAUCCACUCGUACAAUCUUGUCUAAAGUUGCUUACUGUUUUACUACGAAGCACUAGGAUAUCACUCUCACAAGAUCAGCUCCACAUUCUUAUUCAGUUUCCUAUGUUCCUUGAUCUUAUGGCUGACCCAUCCCCGGUUGCACUUUCACUUUUGAAGUCUAUAGUUGGCCGGAAGCUGGUAGCCCAUGAAAUCUAUGAUGUUAUUUUACGGGUUGCUGAAGUAAUGGUAACAAGCCAGUCAGAGCCAAUCCGCAGGAAAUGUAGCAAAAUUCUACUACAGUUCCUUCUGGAUUAUCAACUUUCUGAUAAACGCUUGCAGCAACAUAUGGAUUUCUUACUCACUAAUCUGAAUUAUGAACAUUCAUCAGGAAGAGAAUCUGUGCUUGAAAUGCUUCAUGCUGUUCUUAUGAAAUUUCCUAGAAAUGUUAUAGAUAAUCAGGCUCAGACAUUCUUCCUCCAUUUAGUUGUUGCUUUAGCUAAUGAACGUGAGCAGAAAGUCCGAUCAAUGGUUUCGACUGUUAUAAGAGAACUGAUUGCCCACACAAGCUCCAAUGCACUAAAUUUAAUUUUAGAUUACAGCCUUUCAUGGUAUAUGGGUGAAAAACAGCAUCUAUGGAGUGCUGCAGCACAGGUUCUGGGUUUAUUGGUUGAAGUACUGAAGAAGGGAUUUCAGAAACAUAUACCUUCUGUACUACAAGUUGCAAGAAACAUUUUCACAUUGUCCAUUAAUGCCAGUAGCAUUAAAGGGUUCAACUUCUCAAAGGAACCUGCAAUCCCAUUCUGGAAAGAGGCUUACUACUCACUUGUUAUGUUGGAGGCAAUUUUGCUGCCCUUCCCUCAGUUGUAUUUUGACAGUGACCUUGAGGAUAUCUGGGAAAUGAUUCUCAAGUUCUUGCUACAUCCUCAUGUAUGGUUGCGGAACAUUUCCAAUCGGCUGGUGGCGUUAAAUUUUUCUGCUGUAUCUGCUGUAUCGGAGGCUGGUAGGGUUAUACAUGACAAUUUGGACCAAGGAGCUUCUUAUCUUGCUAAUCCAAGCAGGCUUUGUUUGAUAUCUGCUUCGCUUCUGAACCAGCUGAAGACACAAAUCUCUGACGACGGUGCAAUAAUAAAUAUCAUUACUCAGAAUUUUGCAUUCUCAAUUUGCCAUUUGCAUAGUUUUACAAAAAAGAGAGCUAAUUUGGUUCCACAUGAGUUUUGGUCUUCUCUUGGUCAACGCGAUCAAACUUCGUAUCUUGAGGCAUUUCAAUUGCUUGGAUCCAGUAAGGCAAAGGACAUCUUUAUGCUGGCAACAAUUGACACUAGUCAGGCUCCUAAGGAGGCAGAUCAUUCUGACGAAUACAGCACCAAGAACCUUCAAUCUUUGUUAGUUGCACCUUUACUCAAGAGGAUGGGAAAAAUCGCAAUGGAAAUGGAGGAUAUACAGAUGAAGGUUGUUUUUAAUUGCUUCAGACUGAUAUCAUCACAAAUGGGUUCUGAAGGUUGCAAAGACUAUGCCUUUUACCUGCUUAUUCCUCUAUAUAAAGCAUGUGAAGGAUUCAUGGGAAAGAUUGUUAGUGAUGAUAUCAAACAGCUGGCAGAAGAUGUCCGAGGCAAUGUAAGGGACAUAAUAGGGGUGGACAAUUUUGUUCGAGUUUACAAUGAAAUCAGAAAGAAACUCAAGGGGAAGAGGGACAAGAGGAAGUAUGACCAGAAGCUUCUUGCUGUUGUCAAUCCUAUGAGACAUGCAAAGAGGAAGCUGAGACUUGCAGCUAAGCAUCGCGCUCAUAAGAAGAGGAAGAUAACUGCCAUGAAGAUGAUCAAAUUGAGAAGAUAGGACCUAUUUAUCAUUAUUGUUUUUUUCGCAAGGUCGGCUACAAUGCAGAAGAGUGUACAGUAAUUGUAAUGUAUUAUAUUUAUAGAGCUUGUUGUAUUAUGCAGGUGCUUCUUUCUUGAUCCUCCCUGGUGGGACAAUUUUGAUCUGUAGAACACCAUUUCAUUUAUAAUUAUUUUUGUUUUUUAUA